CCUGGUCGACGUGCUGUUGCUGCGCAGCGCGUGAAGGCAGGAGCGUCCGAAGCGGGUCGGAGGUCCACGGACACGGACAGACGCGGAGCAGAGCCCACGGUGGUGUCGCCCUCCGCCCUUCCACGCCACCGGCCUCCGGAUUCGACCGCCGGCUCCUCUCAGCCGACGUUUCCAGAGGAUAUUCUGACGCAAACGGGAUUUUCCUCACGCGCCGUGUCCGUUAAAGUUAGUCCGUGGACUUGUCGGAGUCCUCGGGCUCACGGACGGAGCUCCCCGGCUCUUCCCUCGCCUCCUCCCCGGCCACACACACAGAAGUUCCCCCGCGGUCCCGCUCCCUCCCUCCGGCCGGAACCAUGGCGCUCCGAGCCAGGGCCAUGUACGACUUCAGCUCCGAAAACCCGGGCGAAGUGUCGGUGAGAGAAAACGAAAUCCUAACUUUGUUCAGCGAACAGGACAUAGAGGGCUGGUUAGAGGGAGUGAACAGCAAAGGGGAGAGGGGACUGUUCCCCGCGUCCUACGUGGAGAUCCUGAGGAGCGACACCCCCUCCACCUACAACAACAACAGCUGUAACACAUCUGCGGAAACUUACCCGGACUCCCGGUACGCCAACAUCCCCGCAGGAGGCUUCGACGGAUCCUUUAAACCUCAGAAUAAGAUGGAGAACUUUUCCAAACCGUCUCCUCCUGGUUUCAGCACGUUCUCAGCUCCAUCACAACAGCAGCAGCAGCAGAGCUUCCAGCAGCAGCAGCCCAGCCAAGGCAGCGACGAUGACUGGGACGACGACUGGGACGACAGCUCCACGGUGGCAGACGAGCCUGGGACCGUGGGAGGAAGGUACCAGGACUUUGAAGGCAACGGGCCAUCCACCUACCGAGUGUCUACGUCCUCAAUGUCCAGAGGGAACGCACAGCACGCAAAGAGCUCUGCCACGGUCAGCAGAAACCUGAACAGGUUCUCCACCUUUGUGAAGUCUGGAGGUGAGGCGUUUGUGCUCGGAGAGGCGUCAGGUUUUGUCAAAGACGGAGAUAAGAUUUGUGUGGUGAUAGGUCAGUAUGGUCCAGAGUGGCAGGAGAAUCCAUAUCCGUUCUCCUGCGCAAUUGAUGAUCCAACUAAACAGACCAAGUUUAAAGGCAUGAAAAGCUACAUCUCCUAUAAGCUGACCCCCACCCACACUCAGACCCAGGUGAACAGAAGGUACAAGCACUUUGACUGGCUCUACGCUCGACUGGUGGAGAAGUUCCCCGUCAUCUCGGUGCCGCACAUCCCAGAGAAGCAGGCCACCGGACGCUUUGAGGAGGACUUCAUCUCCAAGAGAAGGAAAGGUCUGAUUUGGUGGAUGAACCACAUGACGAGUCACCCGGUCCUGGCCAGGUGCGAUGUCUUCCAACACUUCCUCAGCUGCAACAGCUCAGAUGAGAAGGCCUGGAAACAGGGCAAGAGAAAGGCUGAGAAGGAUGAGAUGGUCGGGGCCAACUUCUUCCUCACCAUCAGCACCCCUGCCGCACCUCUGGACUUCCAGGAGGUGGAGAGCAAAAUAGACGGUUUUAAGACUUUCACCAAAAGGAUGGAUGACAGCGCCUUGCAACUCAACGCCACCGUCAAUGAGUUCGCUCGCAAGCAGAUCAGCGGUUUUAAGAAGGAGUAUCAGAAAGUGGGGAUGUCCUUCAAGGUCCUGAGCCAGGCCUUUGAGAUGGAUCAGCAGCCAUACUCCGCUGGACUCAACCAGGCCAUCUCCUUCACUGGUGACGCAUAUGAAGCAGUUGGAGAAUAUUUUGCAGAACAGCCCAGCAAGGAUCUUGAUCCAAUCAUGGAUUUGUUAGCGCUUUACCAGGGCCACUUGGCAAACUACCCAGACAUCAUCCAUGUCCAGAAAGGAGCCCUGACCAAGGUGAAGGAGAGCCAGAAGCACGUGGAGGAGGGUAAGAUGGACGGAGCACAGGCCGAGGGCAUCAAUGAACGCUGCAACAUCAUCUCCUGCGCCACGUUGGCCGAGAUCCAGCACUUCCACCAGAUCCGCGUGCGAGACUUCAAGGCGCAGAUGCAACAUUACCUACAGCAGCAGAUCACCUUCUUCCAGAAAAUCACCGGCAAGCUGGAGGAGGCCCUGCAGAAGUAUGACAACGCCUAAGCAGGUGGUCGUACCUGGUCUCGACCCCUUUAGACUUUUGGUGAUGGCCACGCAUGCACCGUCCUCGGCCGGGCCGGGGGAGUUCUGGCGGACGACAGCCAGCGUUGCACACUGAACACUGUUUAUCCAGGACGGAGGCACUUUGAAGGAAAAAGUGUUCCAGUAAUAAUAAUGAAAUCACAACCAAACCCCAGGGUCUGUGUGUGUGUUGAGGACAUAGAAUACAGUAAGAUCACACCAACUUUACCUGCAGGUUUCAAUGAAAAUCCAUAAGAAUGAAGGUCCGGUAUGUGGUGAAUCUGUUCUAACCAAUAAUAACCUGCAGAAAGACGACAUUCAACCUGCUGCUGCCCACGCUGCAGUGCUACAGUUCAUAUAUCAUGUGUUUUUAGCCUUAUUACACAGUUGUGUCGCUGUUUUAACACUGCUCCAGGAGUGGCUAACUCACUGCCUUCUGGACACUGGCUGACAUGUUUACAGUCUCCUCAGUAACACAGCCACCGUCACCACUGUCUCGCUGUGCCUUCUGAUUCUGUCUCUGGUCAAGUUUGUCAUUAGUUACUAAAUAAAAAAGCUUUAUAUACUGUAAAUGUUGAAAUGUAUUCUAUCUGUUUUUACAAUCACUGUGCUUUGGAUGAGGGCAGUGUGUUUUGUUCGAUUGUGCCAUUUUUCCCCUCACUGGCUCCACGAUUGAUUUUUCAGUGCACAGAGCGUGACAAAAUCAGGAUCAACAGGAUUUCCCUGCUCCGUGGACAGGACCCAUGCCUUCCACCGGGCUGGGACACACAGGACCGCCACUCCAGCCUAAAGUCUAGUCCCGACGCCUGGACACAUGUUGGUUUUUCAGGCUCUGUUUUGAGCUGGUGUGGAGAGGCAGGCUGUUCAGGUGGAGGGAGCCUUACCUGUUUUAAUAAUGCAGUCUUUCUAAUAGCAGCUCACUUCUAGACAGUUUAACUCUACUGCUGGUUUUUAACUUUAUGGUGUUGGUUGCAUCAUGGAGAGAAAAAUGUAGAAGCAAGAAUAAAUUCCUCUUCACAGAAAA